UUUUGUAUCUUUCUCUUCAUUUCUCUAAGCCAAGAACUGAGUGAGAAUCCCCUAUAUUACUUACUUUUAUUCAUUUACACACAAAUCCUCAUCAUUUUUCAUCUUCAUUUGCUCUCGUUAUCAGUUUUGCAAAUGGGUUCAAGAGCUCGAAGGAAGCAAAGAUGGUGUACUCAACCAUUGACGCCACUCAUGGAAGGUCCAGACCCUGAUAUGCAAGAAGAAGGUAACAAGAAGGAGAGUUCAUGGGAAAUAAUUCGUGAAUGGUUUCGAAUGCAAAAGGGUUUCUCCGUUAACCAUUUUUCAUCAUCAGUAACACCAUAUGGGAGCAUUCCAGCCAAUAAAAAGCAAGAUUUGAGGCUUUUGCUUGGAGUCCUUGGCUGCCCACUAGCUCCGAUCCCUCUAGUCAGUGACCCCAUUCACCACCUUCACAUUAAGGACAUCCCCAUGGAAAAUUCAAUCGCACAUUAUAUCAUUCAACAGUACUUGGCGGCCACAGGAUGUUUAAAGAGACAAAAAUGCGUAAAGAACAUGUAUGCGACAGGGAGUGUGAAGAUGAUACGUUGCGAGACAGAGAUUUUAUCAGGAAAGAAUGUGAAGAGCUUAGGGACAAGAAGCGGAGAAAAUGGGUGUUUUGUUCUUUGGCAAAUGAUGCCGGGAAUGUGGUCUCUUGAAUUGGUUGUUGGAGGAAAUAAGGUUAUCGCCGGCAGCGAUGGAAAGACCGUCUGGCGCCACACUCCUUGGCUUGGUACUCACGCAGCAAAGGGACCUCAACGCCCUUUACGUCGCAUAAUCCAGGGCCUAGAUCCAAAGAGCACAGCCAGCUUAUUUGCAAAAGCACAAUGCUUAGGAGAGAAACGAAUAGGUGAAGAUGAUUGCUUUGUAUUAAAAGUAGCAGCAGAUAAAGCAGCUGUAAUGGAAAGAAGUGAAGGAGCAGCAGAAGUACUUAGGCAUGUACUGUAUGGUUAUUUUUGCCAGAAAAGUGGACUCCUAAUAUACCUAGAGGACUCUCAUCUCACCAGGGUACAAACCCCAGAAAAUGAUACCAUCUACUGGGAAACUACAAUAGGAAGUAGCAUUGCAGAUUACAGAGAUGUUGAUGGAGUUCUCAUUGCUCAUCAAGGCCGAUCAAUCGCUACGGUUUUUCGAUUCGAAGAAGAAUCUGUGCAGCAUAGUAGAACUAGAAUGGAAGAAAUCUGGAUGAUUGAUGAUGUUGUGUUUAAUGUUCCUGGACUUUCCUUAGACUCUUUCAUCCCUCCUGCUGAUAUCUUUGACGCUAAUUCUCCUAUUAAUUAACUCAUCACAUUAAUUAAUUCUCUCUUUUUCUUCUAA